AUGCUGCGAGACGCGGACAAUGAUGGGGAGAGGAUGGGCCUGUAUCCCAACCUGGACUACAAGAGUCUGUUCAACGCGCUCUCGGGUCUCGUCGACUCAACGCCUCAUCUGCAGUACGGAACGUUGCCAUUCGGGCAAGCCAUCCUGCAAUGUCUGGGCUGCCUGCUGCCCUUCUUGGAGUACGACAUGAUUGACAACCUUCCAUUCUUGGUGGCUUAUUGCGUCGCUAUGUUCCCUGUGGCACUGCAUCAGGAGAUUCUACAUCUUCUGUCGUAUUACAUCCUGCCUUUUACCAUCACUCGCAAGUACGCGGGAAUGGAGGAAGAAAGUCAGGCGUCUCAAUCUGUAGCCGCCAUCAUCAUGAUGGUGUUUCAGCACUCCAAUAAUCCGGCGCACCACUGCCAGCUCCUGGAGUGCCUGAUGUCGAUGAAGCAGUGGGUGGUGAAGGACAUCCUGUGCGUCAUCGCGUACGGCACGUGGGGCGCGCGACUCUCCGCCGCCAAGCUGCUCUUCUACUACUGGCCGCCAUUCGACGCCAAGCUCUUCGAUCGGAAGGGACUGCUCUGCAAGUUUUCCAACGACCUGGUCCCGUUCCUGUGCCAGCGCGACAUGUGCCCGAACGCGGGCAGCGCGGAGGCGGCGAAGGUCUGCUACGACCACUGCAUCAGCGUCACCUUCGCCUCCGACAGCCCGCCCCCCCUCUAUCUCUGCAUCGAGUGCGCCAACGAGAUACACCGGGAACACCCCAACCAGCGGUUCUUUGACAUCCUACAUCCUCAACAACAAGUAUCAAUGGUCUGCGAGAAUAAGAAUUGUCGCUCGACCGACAAGGCUGCAUAUUCUAUUUGCUUCUCCAAUGAGUGUGCCAGUUACAAUGGAAACCAUCCUAUCAGGUACUGCCAGCAGUGCCACGGCAACCGGCACAACAGCCGGCGCGGGGGGGACCACGUCGUACACACGCGCCUGCCCCUCGCCUGGCAGAUGGACAGCGACAUGCAGACCAACCUCGUCGAGGCCAUCAUCAGCCUUCUUAAAGAAGCUAAGCCAAUUAACAUGGAGGAUCCUGACAGUUCCACAGAGCAGCUAAAGCCUCCACUAAGCGUCGACUUGCCGGAUCCCAUAUCCGUUGAAGAUCGACAACUUCUUGGCAGAUAUGGAGUAUGGCUGAUGGUAGGGUUGUGUACUCCAAACCCUGACACUCCUGAUGAGAUCCUCGGACGUCUGCUUUCCGUGCUAUUCCACUGGUUUCACGUGACUUCCUUCUCUUAUACUGGCGAAACGGCGAGCACGGUAGAGAAGUUGAAAAUCGAGCACGUGUGUGGGUGGGUGAGGAGUAUCGCGGAGUCUCACCGCGGGGUACUCGUGGCCUGUCUACUGCCUCACCCUCCGCACUACACGCGCCAGGCUGGACAUUGGGAUAACCUCGCCUCGAAGACACAUCAUCUUAAGGAUGGACUUAACAGACUUUACUGCCUGAUCCCUUACGGCAUCAUCACCCAGUCUAUCUGGGACUAUAUCAUGCCGGCUUGGAUGGAGGCUAUCUGCACUGAUGUACCGGAAAAGGAACUGAUGGAGCUGAAAGUCCCUCUAGGCAAGAUCUUGGAGCCUGAAGGUUCUAUGGUGGGUGUGGAUGAGAAGAACCUCUACAAGUUCGCAGUUCUCAAGGUCACGGAUACUCCAACACCUGACACCGUUCUACCUGUGUUGGAGUGGUUCCAGACGAUAUCGAUGUUGGACGUCCGUAUCCCGCUGAACCAGCUCUUCGACCUGUUCAGCCACUGCGUCGUCAACCUGCCGGAGAAGAUAUUCAAACCACCUACUCUAGAUGGUUCCAAACCUAAAGACUCGAAGGACUCCCCCAGUAACACAGACAAAGAGAAGAAGGAAAAGGAUGAUCAGAUGAAGCCGCAGAAUCUUACCUGCUGUAUACUCAUGUUGGAUAUACUGCUCAAGCAGAUGGAGUUACAACAGCGUCGUAUAAACAGCCAGAACGUGAGCAGCGAGGCCACCAAGCUACUGCGGCUCAUGCUGAAGUCUAACCAGACCAACACCAUAGAGCACGCGGUGUGCCAGGCGGAGGGCGCGUGCUCGUACUGCGAGGCGGCCGCGCUGUGGCACCAGCUCGCUGUACUACUCGUGCGGGCCCUCGUACCCGACCGGCCCAAGCCGGCCCCGCAGGCAUCAGUAGAAGACUUAUGGGCAGAACCUCCAUGCCACAAGAAGGCUCCGUCGGAAGAGGAACGCAGCAAGUCGGGGGGCACUCCGGCGACGUCAGUGGACGCCCUCAUGUCUAUGGCGCACCCGCUACAUGAACGCGGCGCGGGCGCAGUGGGCGGGGUCCUCGUACACAUGCCACAUUUUAUCGGGGACUUAUGUGAGGAUUUAGUGUGUGAGAUAGAGUGGGAUGCGCAGAUAAUGACGGCGACGGUGGAGACUAUAACGGAGCAGUUGGACAUGGCGGUGUCGCUGCCCCCGGCCGACGCGCCCGCGCUCGCCACCGCGCAUACUGUCACUCUCACCGACACCGAUGUCGCCACUGCUACCGCUGAUGUGUCAACCCCAAACCUACUCGGUGACCAUGAGAAUAUGGCAGAAUCCGUAGAAGAUGAUAUGACGAACUUUUGGCCAACAUCUGCUGGCAAGUUCCAUUUCUGCAUUGAAGAACUGCCUCAAGAGUUGCAGUAUAUACAUCAGUUAUUGCAGGAGUUGAAGAGUACCUCUCGUCCGGAUGUACUGUACCACCUGCUGCAGUGCUUGCAAGUUCUAGUGCUGAGCACGGAUGCGCUGGCAGACCAUCGUGGUUUCCUCAUUUGGUGCCAGGAGAACCUGCUCAUUGAUAACCUAUGGAACGUAUGCAACGCGUCUCACUCGCACAUAUGUUCCGUGGCGGUGCCAGUACUGCUGCACUGCGUGACGCUGGCCGGCGGGGCCGAUGUCUUCUGCAACCUCAUCCGCGACCAGUUCCAUCACCAUGAUUACCACGUCCGGUUCACUGCGGUGGAGCGAGUCACUAUUAUUAUUAGGUUCAUGGACGGGUCCCCAGUAAAGACAAGCCUCCCUCUGCAGACAGCGCUGGCUACAGCAUUCUGCUACUUGAUCUCCAGCAUGGACGACAUCAACGUGUACGUGGCACAGCGGGCCACCCUGUAUAUAGGCACUGUGCACGAUAACGCCAUCGAUUUACUCCUGUACUGCUUGGAGACGCAGUUCGACCUGGUGAUAGUCGACCGACCAAUGAUCCUCCAGUCCAUCUACCAGCUCCACAACACGCUCAGCGACAGAAAGAUCCUCACUUGGGAGUUCUUCCUCAACAGAUUCGAAGCACUCUUCCUUGAGGCACAGAUCAAUUCUAAUAAGACCAUCGAUUUCUCUAAUUUGAGAGAACUAGUCAGCAGUGAGACGAGUUCGGAAUGGUUUCUGUAUAAAGUGCGACGCGCCCACGAGGCGCUUAGCGUGUCCGCCAGAGACACCAACGUCAACACUCUCAGUGCAUCCUUCGGUACCAAGUGGCCAUACAAGAGGACAAUUUCUGCACCUGCCACCAUGCCUCCUCAUCCUGAUACUAGACAUGAACGCGAGAAAGUAUACUCGCGGCAGUACUCGGCGCCCCUGCUGAAGCGGAAGACGUCCCGCUUCGGGCUGGGGCAGCUACUGGCCGCGCCACAACCUCUCGGCACUGCGCAGCGCUCCAAUAACACUCAUGAUGGCUUCCACUCGAUGUCGGGUCGGUCUGAAGACACGCUGACCACGAUCCUGCCCAAAGCGGUGGAUCUCGAAGAGGCUGAUCGAGAGACCACUAAUUUGUUGGUGUUCCUACUCAUGCAGUUCUUGUCCAGAUCCGACCAGGCACAUCCCUUUGAAGACAAGCAGUCAUCGAAGACGCAGGAACUGGUACUCAAGCAUUUGUUCCUGUUGCUUGGCUACAACUGCGUCGAGAAAUACUUUCAUAUAUCGCCGUUUACAUUGAGACAAUCAUCAAUUUUCAACGCGUUCAUGGCGAACUUACCGCAAGUGUUGGACCAGAACCACGUGAUGGGUGCUAGCAUCGCUGAGCCCACCUUACUUUUACUGCAGUACUGCUGCGGGGGCGGGGGCGGGGGCGGCGCGGGGCCGGGCAGCCCGCAGUCGCUGGGGGCGCUGCAGCCCCAUGUACGCAGGCACUGGCUCAUGGCGCUGCUCGUCGUGCUCUACAAGUACCACUACGGGUCGGGCAGCACGGUGGGGCUGGUGUCCGCGCUGGUCCGCGUGGUGCUGAGCUCGGUGGAGGCGCAGUACCACGCCUGCAAGCGGAUCCCCCCCAUGCUCGUCAUGCCCAGCGCCACCAGGGCCAGGGAUUUAAGCCAACCAUCUCUAAAGACGGAGCACGAGACGGCGGGCGCGGGCCCGGCGGCGCCCCCCGCGGGUGGCGGGGGCGGGGGCGGCGGCGGGGGCGGGGCCGCGGAGCGGGCGGGGGGCAGCCCGCUGCCCGCGCUGGACCGCGGCAAGCCCAAGCUGCAUCACAAGUCCCCCGCACACAUGCACACGCACUGGGAGGAACCUACUAACUCUAACAAGGACAGCACAGAAAACAGCCUCCAAGACACGACGUGCCUGAAUUCGUGGCGAGGAUCUGCACAAGCUGCCUCCCUUCACUUUCGACCACGUACAUAUCAGGCUAGGCUGCUGAAGGAUAUAACGGUCCUGAAGCAAAACCAGGUUAAGAUGCUGCAUUAG